UUAUUACCAGGUGGCUCGUAGCCUACAUGGAGGCGAUCAUAUGGGUCGCGUUGCAGUGGCUCUGCAGCGUGUUGGUGCUGGUGCUGGUGAGCGCCGUGCUCGCAGAAACGUCACCGGCAGGACCUGGCGCAGCAGCAGCAGCGGCGGGAGGCGGUACCCCUUCUCGUUUCAGCCCCGGCAAGAGGGCCUUUGAGCUGCUGCUGGCUGCGUUGGAAAGGCUCGGAGUCCCCGUGGAAUGGACUAGGGAAGUUGUUGACGGAGGGGGCACCGCAGGAGAGAACAGAGGACGAGGGGGCGUGCUGAGGAGGUUCCAAUCGCGCAAGCGCUGUGCGUUGCCUUCCAAGCAGCAGCCCAACCAAGAGAGGCCAAAGGUGAGAAUUUCCCUGGAGGGAGCAAGCUUGUUAUUGAACGACUUCCGCGUCGUCGACAGCAAGUUCGCGUGCUACAAGAUAACGGUAGCCACGUCGGCUAAGGGUGCGAGCGCGGGCGCGCGUUGGGAGGUAUGGAGAAGAAUGGCGGACAUGAUCAAGCUGAAGGCGGCCUUGAGCAAGGUGUCGGCGGCAGACGUGGAACUCCCUCCCCUGCCUCAUUCGUACCGGCGAAGCUUCGACGCCAGCCGCCUGACGCGGCGACGGCGGAGCAUCCAGCACUUCUUGCAGGUGGCGUUGAAGCAGCCUGCCCUCAGGGAUAGCGAUGCGCUGCUCGACUUCCUCUCUCCGGAAGAGAGCCCCCCUGGCGUCGCCAGGGUGGCUUCACACCCCGGGCCUGUCGCUAUCGGCGGCGGCGGCGGUGGCAGGGCCGGCGAUUCCACCCCUCCUCGCUCGCGCGCCCGGUCUUCUCCCAGCGCGCCUGCGCCGCCUGCGCCGCCGGCAACGGUGGCCAAGACCAGGGUAGGGGGGUCGGCGGAUAGUUCUGUAGAAGGGGGAGGGGGUGAAGGCUUCCCCGAUCCCCUACCCCCGCAAGAGGAAGACGGUGACACGUCAGCGAACAGCGAGGACGAAGAAGACGCAGACGAUCGUGGUAGUGGUGUGAGCGAGGCGGCGGGGGCCGGCGGUUGGGAUGCGGACGGCGUGGUGAUUGAGGGGGGGUUGGCGACGGAGUCUCCGCCUAGGUCCCCGCUCGGGAUCUCGCCAAGGAAUUCUGGGCGGAAGAGCAUGCACUACAUGAAGAACGCCGUCAUGACCGGCACUCGACGGAUCGCGCGCCACGUGCCCAUGUCCAUGCCCAACCCGAAGGCCAUUCAGCGCCACAUACCCAUGCCAAAGGGAGUUCCAAAGUUUCCCACCAAGUACAACCCGUACAAGCGCUCAUCCACCCGGCGCAGCAACAACGACUUCUCGGAGGAUGCUGGUGGGUCCAUGGCCGACGUCUUCUCCGGCGCACACCUCGGCAACGGCAACGGGAACGGCGGCGCGGGGUCCGCGAGUGCCGGCCGCGGCGGCGGCGACGGCGAGAUGAACGGCUUGACCUGGCAGGCCCACGACGGGAUCGACGACAGCGGCGGCGUCAGUAGCAGCGGGGGCGGCGGCAUCGGAAGCAGCGGCGGAGGCGAAACGAGCAGCAGCGGCGGUGGCGGCGCCAGCGGCCUCUCCCCUCGCCGGAAGAGCUACCUUUGGAAGCGGCCGACGGCCAAGCCCGGCGGAGACGGCGGCGGCGGUGGAGUGCAGAGCUAUGCCAGUGCCGGCGCCGUUCUCCGGCCGAGGCCCGAUGCCGAGACGGUGUCAGUCGCGCCGCAGGAGACCGGCGGCGGCGCGUUGCUCGAUGGACGGACGUCCGUUUCCAGCCACGCGGACGGGGGAAAGGCGAGAAGGCCGUCGGCAGCGGGGACCGUGCCCGCGGAUGUUCCGCAACAAGGGAGCGGGGCCGCUGCCGCUGCUGCUGCUACUGCCGCGGCCGUUACCGGCGGCGGGGAAGACGGAGGGAGGAACGGGGUCGAUCUUUCGGGAAGAGCGGCGCGAAGUGGUGACGCUGGCGGCGGCGGUGGCGGCGGGGUCGAACUGCUCGCCGGCGUCAAGGACGGUGGCGACGGGCACCGUUUCAGGGUCAGAGGCCCGUCCUUCUUGGCCGAUGGUCGGGAGGUACAGGCGGAACCGGCCGUGUGCCCCCUCGUCUACGCCGAGUUGUUCACUUUCUCCAGCACCGACCGACCCCACGAGGUUCCGGCGGCGACGGUCGCAGAGGAGGCGUGCGCGUCAAGGGGAAGAGUGGACCACAUCGCCACCAAGGGGCGAUGCGCUUCGAAGAUCACAGAGCUUACGGCUAGAUCGGGAGGGCACGCGGGAGAGGGUCAUGCUGGGGGUAACGACGAUUUCGAUGAGGAGGGUGGCCGCAGUAGGCUCGGUCCGCCGUUCCUGGUUAUCUUCAACUUCCAGAUCCCCGGCGACCCUCCCUUGAGCCUCGUCGCAGCGUGGGCGGUGCACCCCGAGUGCCUGGGGCCUGACAGUCCCGAGUCCCUCCGCAGGUUUUUCGGGGUCUUCUACCGCCUGGUUAAUAUCCCGUUGUCGUCGCCACAGCCGUCGCCAGGAAAGACGAGGGCCGGAGGCGGGGGCGCCGCAGACGGGGACGGGGGGGGCGCAGCGGUGGCGUCCCCCACCGCGAGCGGUUCGUUGGCGCCGUCUGAUUCGCACCUGUGGGAAACGUCAGAUUCGGAUCGUGGUUCCUCCGGGGAUGAGCUAGAGGGGGUGGGAGGGCGGAGUGGUGGAGGUGGUUUGGCAAACGGGGGCGAUAAGAACAAGAUCAACAACGUUUCAACUGAGGAAACACCGGCCAGAAAUCAGCGCAGCGGCACCGUUAAAGCAGCAGCAGACGGGGUGCCGGGGCAAGGUGAUCAGCAGAUAAAGCUAGCGGUGAGCCUUCUCGACGGUCCGCAGGUGGUGGCGGAGGCACUGCCCGAGUCCGGGAGUUCUCUACUGGGACAUGAGGCAUCGCUACGGUAUUUCCGCGGGGAGAGGUACCUGGAAGUGGACGUGGACCUGGCAUCUUCUUCGGCAUCUUCGCGGGUUACGUCCCUCUGCCGAGAGCACGCCAAGAGCCUUUCCCUGGAGGUGGGCUUGAUCCUGCACGGAGAAUUGGAAAGUGAACUGCCCGAGAGCGUGCUGGGGGUUCUGAGAAUAGAUAAGCUCGACCCUCAGGACACGACGCGCCAUCGACUCCUGUGGGGGUCUUGAUGGGUGGCUGUGCAACCCCCCGCCUCCAACAGUCGGCGCGCGUGUACGGAGCACGCAACUCCUGAAGGACGAUUGCGCGCCGCCGUUCGUCAUAAGGAAAAAGUAGGGGAGGACGACUCAGUCACGAAGGGGUAGCCUUCAUCGGACACGACAAUGUAGAAAGUAUGGACUGGAAGUGAACGUCGCUUGUGACUUGCAGAAUGCUGCAGCUGUGUCUUGGAAGAACGAGGUAUCGAAACCAGGAGGAUGACACUCAAGUCGAGGGAAAUGCUACAAAUUUUGAUGCGAACUUGAAGCCGGGGUCGGGCAGGACAGGAAGAUUAGACUUGAGCAAACUAGGACGGUGAAGCCGCGGUGGGUUUGGGUGCUGACAUACAAGCGUAUUUUACGAAGCUUGUCGGCACGAAAACGCUCGGGGCGUGGAAAGGUAUGGCUUGGUGCGUCCUGUGUACGCGUUGGGUGUGACGACGGUAGGAGGAUGGGGAACAGCAGUAGCUGUGUCUACGCAAGUCUUGUGUAUUUAUGCAUACAUAGCGCGCUGAUAUUUCUCCCCGAGUUUACCCUCCACACAGACGAGUUUUGUUAUUGCACUGGGACAUACGCGGGUGGAGCCGACGGCUUCAGCAUUUUUGACGGAAGAACUUGGCCUCGUCCUAAGCGGACGUUUGCAUCAGUCCCAACGACUGGUCAUGUAUGCCCCGUCUUUUUGCCGGUGUGGUGCGCAUCGUGCAGAUCUCUUGUUUCGCAACGAUGUGCGGUCCGCUUAUUCUUUGAGAUCUAUCUGGAGUUUCACCCGCGAUGGAGGCGUCGAGACAAACGGUUCGCCAUUUUUUUGGAAGUUCCUUGAACAACCUACGAGAAAGAUUCCCUGCCUAUUUAGUGCGGCGGCAUUGGCAAACACAAGCGGCUCGAAGGUCAUGCUGUGCACCUCGCUGUGCGUAUUUCGUAGGCUCCGUUUUGACGAUUGGCGUGCUACCGUAUUUAUUGCGCGUAUCCAGCACACGUCAGAAUCGGCAUCGGAACUUCGGAUAGUUGCUUCACCACGACAGCAGCGCAGAUUUGCAGCGUCGGCCAAACCUCGUUUGACACAUUUAGUGCAGAGAUAUAGGUGAUGUGUAUACAUUGUAGGUGGAGGUGACGAUGUCCGGUAACCUAACGUAAUAAUGCAUUUGUGGCUCCGAAGGUUGUAGAAUCGAUCCCAGUCGUCGCCAAUUCUUGCAAAGGCUGUAGAAGAUAUUAGCCCUCCAGGGUGUAUUGUUGCACAUGCUCUAGACCGUAGGUCGAAACGUUGAUGGGUUUGCUCGGUAUCAAAGGGCAUGUUCGAGAGGCGAAAUAAAAAAGAGUCAUUACACGAUGGUGUGCCAAGGGGAUGAAUACACCUAAUCGCGACAGCAGUAUCUUCCAUGAAUUGAGCCAUUCAAUUUGGGCGCCAGAGAGCGCUUUCCGUUUGUCAAAUAGCGCUUUCAAAUCCACAGCGUUCUGCAACCUUGCCCUGACGUUGUGUCUCCAUGUACGCGCGCAUCACCACGGGUUCGUGCUAGCUGAAGGUGAACCGCAACCUUCGCCGACACGUCUCAGCCGACUCAUUCUUAUGUGGCUGGUAUCGGCUUUCUUCGAUGGGGUUGGGUGGUAUCGCGGCAACAGAGAGAUAGCAAGCAAUGGGGCUUGCCAACAAGGACGCAAGAAACACCAGCACCACCAGUUGCUUUGAGCGAACGAACGAGCAUCCGCGCCGGCCAAGCAACCACGCCUGUUCUUGCGGGCUUUUGCUUGAAGUGAACCUUACUAACGACUUGCGGGUCGGCACACGGAAGCUUGCUGAUGAGUCGAAUCGCUGAAACACGCCUGCCUACGGCAUGAACAGGCUGCCCUCCUUACUUCAACAACUACAAAGACCUUCCCAGAACGACGCAAGAACGGCAACAAAAGGCGGCUGGCGGUUAAACGCGGAGCACUCCCGUGCCGAAUCAAAACGAUGUACCUGGUCGACACCCGUGUAAUUACUCGAUCUGUCUUCACAGCAACAGAGCCAUGCCAAAAUUGAUAACAGUCCACCCUCAGCCCACCCGCUACGACAUAGUGCAACGCCGAAACACAGAGUCUGCUUGACCGUUCUCAAUCAUACAUAGAAAGCCCACGAUCGUCCGGAAAACGGUCUCCGUCUCCAGCUCCGAUACUACCUCCAUCAAACCGCGGAAGCCU